CGUUUUGUCAAAAUGUUCCUCGGUGUUCUUGAGACAAAGUUUGAAUUUGUUUGUACAAGUAACGUAACUUAUAUAGUUUUGGAACAAUUUCAUCCGUGAAAACUAAAUACGAGAAAGUUUUCGAGGAUUUUAUAAAUAGAGAGCUUAAGAAAUAGAGUCUUUUUGCUUUUUCAUAUAGUUAAUAUUUUCAAAAAAGGAUAAUGAGUAUCAUGAGAAAACGUGUAAACGAAUACUUCUGUACUUCUUCUAAAGUUACCAUUCAAAAAUGCAUAUCCUUGUAUUAAUUAUUGACUGAUGUAAAUGCAUUGGCAAUACUACUAAAUCAAAAUUGUUACAAAAAUGUAUAAAACUACAACGUAAAAGUUUGUAUAUGUAGUUGUGAGCGCUGUAACUGGUUUAACUGCGUGAGCAAACAGCACAUGCGUAGCCACCUGUAGUGUAUUUACUACUAUAUAUAUAUAUGUACGACUACGAUCGGUCACGUUGCAAGCAGCGUGGAGUGUACGACUUGAUAUAGUACACUUGUAAUCUGUACUGUCUGCUAGGAAUGUGUGUUUUCUGUUUAUUAACCAAGCAUUUAAUAUUGAAUUUGCACAAGUUCUAGAAACUGCAGUAAUAUAAGUGUAAGAAAUUAAAUGAAAGUUAUUAAAUGUACAUAAAACAUUAUCCAACACAAGUUUAGCUGGAUUUUUUGUGUCCCAAUUGUCAAGUGAUUAUUGAAAUUAUAUGUGCUUUGUGAGACAUAUGUAACUUUUGUUAUGAGUAAUAUCAAUAAAUUAAGAACAUUCUGGAAAUAUGACUAAAGAUUAUUGUUGAAGAAAACCUAAAUAAAAAUUAUUUCAAGUUCUACUCAAGACAAUUAUCAAAGCCAUUUGCUUCAAUUAAAAAUCUGAAAUGAAUCACACUAGUGCAAAAUUUAUGGAUAAAAUCUGGGACGAGUAGAACUUGGGUUGUGUACAAGUAAAAGGUUACAUUUUUGUAAAAGAGAAUGGGUUGUGGAUAAAUUAGCGAUGUCAGCAGCGGGUGAUACGCUACUGGCGGCGAGCGCGCGGGCGCACGGGCUGACCGCGCCCGCAACCCGCGCGGCGCUGCCGACGCGCCCACCCACCAAGCACACCGUGCACUGGUUUCGCAAGGGCCUGCGCCUGCACGACAAUCCCGCCCUGCGGGAGGGACUUGUCGAUGCUACCACAUUCCGAUGUGUCUUCAUCAUAGACCCGUGGUUCGCCAGCUCCUCUAAUGUUGGCAUCAAUAAAUGGAGGUUUCUUCUUCAAUGUCUCGAGGACUUGGACAGUAGUUUGCGGAAGUUAAAUUCCCGCUUAUUUGUGGUUCGCGGCCAACCUGCCGAUGCUUUACCAAAAUUGUUUCGCGAAUGGGGCACGACGGAGCUCACUUUCGAAGAGGACCCUGAACCCUACGGCAGGGUACGAGACCACAAUAUCAUGACGAAAUGCCGAGAGGUCGGAAUCAGCGUGGUUUCGAGAGUAUCUCACACCCUCUAUAAGUUGGACAAGAUAAUUGAACGUAAUGGUGGCAAAGCGCCGCUGACGUAUCAUCAGUUCCAAGCUUUGAUUGCGAGCAUGCCGCCCCCGCCGGCCGCUGAGGCCACUAUCAGCGCUCAGACACUCAGUGGCGCCACCACACCAAUCACUGAAGAUCACGAUGAUCGCUUCGGAGUACCAACACUUGAAGAAUUAGGAUUUGAAACGGAAAACCUAAAACCGCCGGUGUGGAUCGGUGGCGAAAGUGAGGCUUUAGCACGACUCGAGAGACAUUUGGAGCGGAAAGCCUGGGUGGCAUCUUUCGGAAGACCUAAAAUGACGCCGCAAUCCCUACUGGCGAGUCCUACGGGGUUGUCUCCGUACUUAAGGUUCGGUUGCUUAUCGACUCGAUUGUUCUACUACCAACUGACUGAGUUGUACAAGCGCGUGAAGCGCGUGCGGCCGCCACUGUCGCUGCACGGACAGAUACUGUGGCGAGAGUUCUUCUACUGCGCCGCGACGCGCAACCCAAACUUCGACCGCAUGGAGGGCAACCCCAUCUGUGUGCAGAUCCCCUGGGAGAAGAAUCAGGACGCCCUUGCCAAAUGGGCUAGUGGUCAGACAGGUUUCCCCUGGAUCGACUCUAUAAUGAUCCAGCUGCGCGAGGAGGGGUGGAUCCACCACUUGGCGCGGCACGCCGUCGCCUGCUUCCUGACGCGCGGCGACCUCUGGAUAUCCUGGGAGGAAGGCAUGAAGGUGUUCGACGAGUUGCUGUUAGACGCGGACUGGUCUGUGAACGCGGGCAUGUGGAUGUGGCUCUCGUGCUCCUCCUUUUUUCAACAAUUCUUCCAUUGCUAUUGCCCUGUAAGAUUCGGUCGAAAAACGGAUCCUAAUGGUGACUUUAUUAGGAAGUAUAUUCCGGCGCUGAAGAACAUGCCGACGCGAUACAUCCACGAGCCGUGGACGGCGCCCGAGGCGGUGCAGAGGUCGGCGCGCUGCGUGGUGGGGCGCGACUACCCGCUGCCCAUGGUGGACCACGCCAAGGCCUCGCAGCUCAACAUCGAGCGCAUCAAGCAGGUCUACGCGCUGCUCGCCAAGUACAAGCCACAAAAUUUAUUAAAUCCUCAAGUGGUGGUGCGGCCUAAUGUGAUGCAAUCGUCACCGAGUCCGACAUCAAUAAUUACAAGCAUAAAUCAAUCGAAUUACCUCUGCAGCCAGGCUCCAGAGUCGCAGUCGACUUCGCCCGCACCUUCGCAGCAGUUCAAACAGGCCAACGAUGUAUUCCUUCGACCGAACAACACCCUACGUGAGGCCAAACAACCCAUGAAACAAGUUGUCAUCGUACAACAAGCACAAAACUCAAAUGUCACUCCCAAAACGACGCAACGUUCUCGCAUGCAGGACAAAUUUAUCAACGGGCAAUUGGAAAUAUCAUGCAACAUGGACCAAAGUAAACAAAAAAAUUAUGGCCUUAAGAACUUGGUAAUCAACAAUAGCGAUCCUCGAUACAAUCAAGAUGUUUAUAUACAAGGAACUCAUAAAAAUAUUGAUGGCUUACCACAAACCGUACAGAUGAACACUUACACUGAUAAUAAGACUAAAUAUUAUGUACCUUCUUACAAUAAAAGUGACGUUCAAGUACAAAGUACGCACCAUAGGAACAUGGAUACUUCCGACCAGUACAUAUCUAAUACACUUGAUAAUGAAUCAAAAAGUAAUGUCACUGAUGAAAAUUUGUCAAUGCCCACAGAUACUGUAAUAUAUCCUGGUACAGAAAAUCAACCGGAAAAAUAAAAACCAUACUUAAUUUUAAGAAAAUUCGUUAAUAAAAGUCAUUAAAUGGCUAACCUUGAACUAAUGUGGUCUAUUUAACAUUUUUGGCUAAAUCCAUAUAUCAGCAUCUUUGAACAUAAAAACGAUAAAUAAAUCCGAACUAUAUCUAUUUAACUACUGUAUAAAUUUUUAACAUCAAUGUAACAUACGUUCAUAAGUACAACACUUUAAACACUUUUGGUUUCUUAUCUUAUAACAUUUAUUUUGUAUCAUAGACCACUCUCAUUCCAGGUUCUCCAUAUAUCAAUUCAUAUUCAUGUCUGUAAAAAUUUUAUGUUAGUGUGUAAAGUAAUACAAAAUAUCAGUUUUCAAUAUUCA